GAAAAACUGAGAUGUAUGCAGGCUUUCCCAAACAUUGUCGAGCGUCUCGAACAAGCGAGUCGGGAAUCUACGUGAUCUAAAGGAAGCGAUCAAACUGUUCAUUUGAGUAAUUUCGAGCUAGCAUGUCUUUCAAACGUGAAGGGAAUGAUAAAUCCCUGCUGGAUAACCUAAGAAAUCGUCGGGUCAAAGAUCUAGUAGCAGAGAGCAUUCCAUUAGAUGAAGCCAAACUCUUGUGCAACGGCAAGUUUGCUUGCAUGGUAUGCUCAUGCAGACCUGUGUUCGACACCGUGGAAAUGCUCUUAGUGCAUAGAAAAGGGAAGAAACACAUUGCAAACAAUGAACAGUUUAUAAAGGGAAAAAAGGAGUUGGCUUGCUUGAUCUUGAAAAGGCAUCAUGAACAGUACAUGAAGGAUGGCACAACAAACAUUUCAGAGGCAGGUCCAGUAUCUUUUGGAGGAAUUAAUCCUUUGCUGCCAUAUGAUCCUCGCGUGAAAAAGACAAAACUGAAGCCAUAUGACCGUAAACCUCGGCUCCAGGUUAGAGAUGGCUCAGCUGGAAUCAGUAAAUCUUCACAAUCUUCUAUUUGGGCUUCUGGUACAGUGCAGCAUUCUUUUCAACUAAAGAACAUAUUUAAACCACCUCAGCAGGACAUUGUAAAUCCUCAACCAUAUGUAAGCAAACGAAAUAUACAGCAUUCCACAGAGGAUAUUCCUACUGAGUCUGUUUCUAGCACAGCAACAAAUCAUAGGGUUGUUUCCAGUGGAGUUUGCCCAGCAUCUUCUAGAAUCCAAACUCUCAGUAAAAUUGUUUCAGACUGCUGUGUAACAGGAGUUUGUUCUCAUCCUCCUUCGGCAUGUGAUGUGUAUUCACCUUUGAAAACUAGUGAGUGUGAACAAAAUAGUGACAUGUUCUGCCUGACAAUCAGCCAGUUGUCACAGAGAACAAAAGACUCAGGAAGUGGUGCAAUGUCUACUAACUGCACAGGCAGCAAACCAAGCUGUAAUUCAGUCCAUGCAAGUGAAAAGAUGUCAAACAAGAGUAUGUCUGAUGAGAAUUACAAAACUGCUCAGCAGUACCUGCAGAUAAUGGGAUCAGGCUGGAAGAAAGACUGGGAUGGAAAAUGGAUUCGUGAUGAGAAUGCAGAGUUUGAUUCUGAUGAAGAACCUCCUGAUUUACCAUAGAAAUAUAUGAAGAUUUAUGAGUUUGUCUUGAAUUGGUUUACUUCAACAAAGAAAAGGAGGCCAAGUUUCUGUUGUGUAUGGUACCCUUUCAUUCAGCUUUUAAAGGCCAGUUUUACUGAAAGUUCAAGACUUGCCUGUACUGCAUAAGUGAGUGGAUGACAAUUGGUUUUGAAAUAUUUUUUAGCAAAUUCUUGCGUAGGAUGUGGGGAUGAAGUUUGCAUGGCAUGUUUGAACAAAGCUAAUCCACUGGCAUUUGUAGCCAUUUAUCUCUAGGAUUUCCAAAUUGAGUACGAAGAAAGUCCAUCAGAUUGUCGAAGAGAAUAUUCAGCAACAGCACAUCGUGUCCUGAUCUGUUUGUUUUUUGUUUUGUUUUUUUCGCUGAAGAUUGCAUCUUUCCUCUUUGAAUUCAGUUCAUGCAGAUGAUGCUAUUUUUAGAAAUACUACCCUUUUGUCACUUCCUGUUUUCUUGAAAAAUCCAGGUGUGAUUAAGAGAAAAGCAUUAAUAUAUUAUUUUCCGUGCCUCUUCAUCACAAAAUACUACCAGAUUAUGCUUUUGUGAUACUUUAUGCUCUUAUUUCCACCAAUUUUUGCUGAGCGCUCAUAUUGUCCUUUAAAACUGAUGAUGAUAUCCUGGUUUUGGCAUUUUGUGAUUGUAAAAAAAUUUUUUUUUCUACAGAAUAUGUCUAUUACUGUUAAUUGAUAGACAGCUACCUAAUUUGGAUGCUUCGGCUACAUUCAUUAUGUCAUUAGCAGCCAUAGGGUCUUAUUCACUUUUCCCAUCAUGUUUGACCUGUAUCAGGGAUAAAGCUAGCAUUAACACUAUUUUUGUCAUUCCAAUCAUUUUUGCACAUAGAGGGGGUAUUAUAUUUUUUUUGAUUUGUUUUAAGUUUAAAUUAAAAAAAAAGAGAGAGAUUGUACUAUAGGACCACUAGUUUGAAUUCUGAUCCCAGUAUUGAUCAAUGUGCCCUUGGUGUUCAUAAGAAAUUGCUAUCCAAACUUUUCACAUUUGAUUUUAACGGCACUUUUUUGAAUCGUAAGUGCCCAGGUUUUGGUUAUCAAAUUAAAAUCUGAUUUCUCCCCUAAAAGACUAAAUUGCUUAAAGACGAAAUGUCAUUUACACUCACACGAAAGUAGUGUCAUAUACGGCCAUGACCAGCUUUUGAUGAUGUGAGUCGCAACGGGCUUGGGCAGUGUUGUUCCCAGCCGUUUAUUGCUAUUUGUUAUAUUUAUUUUCUCUUCCUUUUAGCUCAAUAUGUAUAUCGCACAUGCUUGUAAAUAAAAAUCGUUAAUAUUU